UCGGUGUAAAUGCAUCUGCAGUAGUGAAGGGGUGACAGGCAGCCUAAUGCGGGCCACCCGACCCGCUCUUAUUAUGAUUGCUACACUCUUCAGCAUUGUGGUUAUUGGAGAGUCCAGCACCGAGCCGACUCGCGCCCUUCCCAUGUCGCCGAAAUUUUCCCUCCUCAUUAGACCGACAUGCAUGAACGCAUUGAUCGAUAUACCGAUCGUCGCUCGUGGGUCCAUUGCUGGUGAAUUUGGCACAAGCACAAAUAUCAUACAGGACAGUACAUACAUACAAAGGGAGAAUUUUCCAUGUGAAAGACAACACCCCGGUCGGGCGAGGCUUGGACACCUGGACACCGACAAAAAGUCAUUCGGUGAAUGGGAUUGGACGUGCGUAUGUCUCAGAGACCCAAGGGAACAGCAACCUGGCAGGCACGGGACAUGCACGCACACACACACAACACACAGUCUCUUUCCCACGACGCAUGACCACGAGCUCCUCCUGGCUGGGGACGAUCCCGCGAGUCGUCCCGAAGUCGAAAUGCGCCAUCUAAAACAAUCGGUGCCUGUGCGGGCCAUUCUUUUUCCCUCUGGUCGUGCCCUUCACCAUUUCCAUGGCUUUUCUAACCACUCAUUAUUCUCAGUCCAGUUCGAUGGACACGUCACUCCCGUGACAAGCCCCGCCAUGCGGAUCCACUGCGAAUCGGCGUAACAAAAUGAAACGCUGCGCAGGCCGCCGGAUACCGUAUGGAGAGAAAUGUAUUAUGGCUAGGGAUGAGACACUCUCCUCCACCAUCACCACCACCAUCGUCACCUUUCCCGGCCGAGACAUGAUGUGGGUCAUUAUGGUAAUGAUAACUUUCCGCAUCGAAAUCGCAAUUCGGUGUGGUGCCAGCGCACACGUGCCCCGUGCUUGACCUCGGAACUCAAUCGCGGCAAGCUCGAGUCAUUCGUCGCUCAUCAUCGACGCAUCGACGGCGGCGGCGGUGCAAGGUGAUUGAUCAAUGGAUCACGAUACACCUACUGUG